GCGUCCCCGCCGCCAGCCAGCCUGCCUGCCAGCCAGCCUGCCUGCCAACCGGGCAGCAGAGCGGGCGAGCGGGAUGGCGGCGGCUCCGGCUGCGGGCUCCGGGCGGCGGGCUCCGGCGGCGGCGACCGGGGGCUCGUCCGCCCUGCGCGCGCUGGCGCCCGCCUCGCUGCUGCUGCUGCCCGCCGAGGCCGAGACCCGGCAGCGCCUCCUGCGCACCGCCAAGAAGGAGGUAAAGCAAAUAAUGGAGGAAGCCGUCACAAGGAAAUUUGUGCACGAGGACAGCAGCCACAUCAUUUCUUUCUGCGCCGCUGUCGAAGGCUGCAUCCUUCACGGGCUCAAGCGCCGGGCGGCCGGUUUCCUGCGGAGCAACAAGAUCGCUGCCCUGUUUAUGAAGGUGGGCAAGAGCUUUCCCCCUGCCGAGGAGCUCUCCCGGAAAGUGCAGGGUCUGGAGCAGCUCAUCGAGAGCACGCGAAACCAGGGCUCCAGCCUGCAGGAAGGCCCUCGCAAAGCUCCGAGGCCCCCCGGCCUCUCCCCGCAAGCCAUCAAGCACCUCUGGAUCCGGACGGCGCUUUUUGAGAAGGUCCUGGACAAAAUUGUGCACUACCUGGUGGAAAACAGCAGCAAAUACUACGAGAAGGAGGCUUUGCUCAUGGAUCCGGUUGAUGGGCCCAUCCUGGCCUCUUUGCUGGUGGGUCCUUGCGCCCUGGAGUACACCAAGAUGAAGACGGCUGAUCACUUCUGGACCGAUCCCUCAGCAGACGAGCUGGUCCAAAGACACCGGAUCCACAGCUCCCACGGCCGGCAAGACUCACCAACCAAGCGCCCGGCACUCUGCAUCCAGAAGAGGCACUCCAGCGGCAGCAUGGAUGACCGGCCCUCCCUGUCCGCCAGGGAUUACGUGGAGUCGCUGCACCAGAACUCCCGGGCCACCCUCUUGUACGGCAAAAACAAUGUCUUGGUGCAACCACGAGACGACAUGGAAGCCAUUCCGGGCUAUUUAUCCCUUCACCAGACAGCCGAGGUCAUGACGCUGAAGUGGACCCCAAACCAGCUGAUGAACGGCUCUGUGGGCGACCUGGACUACGAGAAAAGCAUUUACUGGGACUACGCCAUGACCAUCCACCUGGAGGACAUUGUCUACCUUCACUGCCACCAGCAGGCAGUAGACAGUGGGGGCACCGUGGUCCUAGUCAGCCAAGAUGGCAUCCAGCGCCCCCCGUUGAGGUUCCCGAAGGGGGGGCAUCUGCUUCAGUUUCUCUCCUGCCUGGAGAACGGCCUGCUGCCCCACGGCCAGCUGGAUCCGCCCCUCUGGUCACAAAGGGGAAAGGGGAAAGUGUUCCCAAGACUGAAGAAACGCAACCUGCAGGGGCCUGCGGAGCCGUCCUCGGACAGGGAGGAAGAGGAGGCCACGGAUUACGUCUUCCGGAUCCUCUAUCCAGGCAUCCAAGACUUCGCUGUGGUUAAUGGCUCUUGUCUUGCCCCCACCGCUGCCACCGUUGGUGCUUCUGGGCAAGAGACGAUUUGGAUGGCCCGGAUCCCUGGCAAAGUGGUGGUGACCCCCAAAUGGCCCCUGAGUCUUCCUGGGGGGGCCCUUCCUUCUCCCACCAGCUCGGAGUCCAGACAGCACUGCUCUGCCCAGGAUCUGAUGGAGGCGCCAGGCAGCGCCCUCCCUUCCAUGUGGCAGCCAGGCACCCACAAGGCCUCCUGCUCUUCCUGCGCCCAGGGGGGACCCACCGAGAGCGGCCUGUUGAAUGGCUGCAACCACGAAAGAGCCCCCCUGAAGCUGUUGUGUGACAACAUGAAGUACCAAAUUGUCUCUCGGGCAUUUUAUGGCUGGCUGGCCUACUGCCGGCACCUUUCAACCGUCCGGACGCACCUCUCGGCGCUGGUCAACCACAACAUCGUGUCUCCUGAGGUGCCCUGCGAGGCCAGCUCGGGGCUGACGGCGGAGAUCUGGGGGCGGUUUCUCCAGGACAGCACGAGCUACCAGGAGAAGGAGCUCCUUCGGCUGGUCUACUUCGGUGGAGUCCAGCCUGAGAUUCGGAAGUCCGUUUGGCCCUUCCUGUUGGGCCAUUAUCAGUUUGGGAUGCCGGAGGCCGAGAGGAAAGAGGUGGACCUGCAGACCCGCGCCCACUACGAGCAAACCAUGGCUGAGUGGCUGGGCUGCGAGGCCAUCGUCCGGCAGCGGGAGAAGGAGUCACACGCCGCGGCCUUGGCCAAGUGCUCCUCGGGGGCCAGCCUGGAGUCCCAGGUGGGGUCCCUGAGGCACCGCGACUCCACCAUCAGUGACGGCUCUUCCCAGAGCAGCAGUUUUGGCCCUCAGAACCUCAGCCAGCUGCAGAGCGACUCCAGCGGCAGCACCCAGGUAUUUGAAUCGGUAGAGGAGCUGGAGCAGACGGAAGCGGAGUUGAAGCUGGAGGCCGGCAGGCGGGCGGCUCUGCCCAAGGGGGGGCUCCCUGAGGCCGGCUCCUGCUCCCCCAACUCCGGCCACCCUUCCUCCCAGAACUUCUCCGUCGCCUCAGCCUACUCGGAGCAGAGCGUCAGCAAUGAGGAGGGCUGGCCGGAGGGAGGGAAAGGGGGGGCCCCGCAGACCGUCGGGGAAGGGCCCUCGUCUGCCACGGAAAGUGGCCCCCUGGACGGCAAGGGGGAGGCAGAAGGGCCCCAGGGGGGAGUCCCUGCGGCCAAGAGCCUGGACGCCUUCAUCGGGAUGGGCAAGGAACUGCCCGGGAAAGAGGGGGGCCCCCUCUCCGUGGCUGACCACUGGGCCCUGCCCGGUGCAGAGCAGCAGCCGAGUUCCAUGGGGAGUGAAGACGACCUCUCGGAAGAGCCCGAGAUGGAGAGCCUCUACCCAACACUGGAUUCGCACUCGCUGGCUGUCACCGACCUCACCUUGAGCGAAGUCUCCCCUGUCUCCUCCUCGGGGGUGACCUACUCGCCGGAGCUCCUGGACCUCUACACGGUCAACCUGCACCGGAUCGAGAAGGACGUGCAGAGGUGUGACCGGAACUAUUGGUACUUCUCCCCGGGCAACCUGGAGAAGCUGCGGAACGUCAUGUGCAGCUACAUCUGGCACCACAUGGACGUGGGCUACGUCCAGGGCAUGUGUGACUUGCUGGCUCCUCUGCUUGUCAUCCUGGACGAGGAAGCUCUGGCCUUCAGUUGCUUCACGGAGCUGAUGAAGAGGAUGAAUCAGAACUUCCCCCACGGGGGAGUCAUGGACACCCACUUCGCCAACAUGCGAUCCCUCAUCCAGAUUCUGGACUCGGAGCUCUUCGAACUGAUGCACCAAAAUGGGGAUUACACCCAUUUCUACUUCUGCUAUCGCUGGUUCCUCUUGGAUUUCAAGCGAGAGCUGGUCUACGAGGAUGUCUUCACUGUCUGGGAGACGAUCUGGGCAGCGGCCGAGGUCUCGUCGUCCUGCUACGUCCUCUUCAUUGCCCUGGCCCUGGUGGAGGUGUAUCGGGACAUUAUUCUGGAGAACAAUAUGGACUUCACAGACAUCAUCAAGUUCUUCAACGAGAUGGCUGAGCGGCACAACACCAAGCAGAUAAUGCAGCUGGCACGGGAACUGGUCUCCAAGGUCCAGACACUCAUUGAGAACAAAUGAUUUGGGAAGCCCUCCGAGGAGGACGGCCACCCCCGCCUGCCUGGCCUUGGAGGCUGAAGGUGGCCAUGGAGACAGGAUGCAACGGGUCCCUGGGCUCCCACCCCCUGGAAGGGCAGCAGAUGAAAGCCUGGUCUCGCCAGUCUGCCGGGGAGCCGAUUCUGACACUUAACCAAAGAACUCAGCCCCUCCCUCUCCUGUCUUGGUCAGGUGGGGGAGGCAUUUGACCUGGCACGAAGCUGGUUUCGAAGGGGGGGGGCUUUGGAGAAGAUGGCAGGAACUGGCCACUCCUUAGUUUUCCCCUCCAGAUCUUCCUGCCAUGCACGUGAGUUGGGGGCGUGGGACUUUCCCCCAGAUCCGGUCCCACCCCGGUGGAGGGCCCGGGGGCUGGCUCUUCCCCUUCGGUCUUGGAAUAGACCUUCUCUGCCUUCACGAUUGGGCUGCUCUUUGGGGCCAUCCCUGCCCUGGAGCUUUUCUGCUCGUUCCCCCGGCCUUUGUGCCAAAUUCCUGCUGCCAUAUUGACUGAUGGAUUUCUGCUUUCGUGAAAAGGGACUUGGCUCCCUGCGCUGGUCUGGCAGGUUCCUGCAUCGUUUCCUUCUGCUUGGGGCUCGGAGCCGCUCGUCCUCCCCUGCUCUCAGGGAGACCUUCUGCCUGGCUCCCUGUUUUCUGACAGAGCACUAGAGGGAAGCGUUUCUCCAGCCCAAGUGGCUCCAUCUUUUCAGUCUGUGGCUGUCGUGGGAUCGUGUCCAUCAGCGCCCCCCGCUCAUUCUUCUCUAAGGUCUCCCUUCUGAGCGACCUCUCAGUCGCCUUUGGAAGCAAGGCCUUGUGAAGGGGGCAACCCACUUGGUCCUGCCGGAGCCCUGCCUCUGCCUUGUCUUCCUGGCCAGCUCCAGAGUCACCAGUCAGCGGGGACCUCGGCUUCUUGGGAAGGGAGGAAGGGUUGACGGUUUGGUUUCUUUAAACUCAGGUGUUUUUCAAGAGGAGCAAAAUGGGGCUUUUUUGCCUAUCAAAAUCUGCCAGAAAAAAGCAUCCGUUUGAGCUAAGCAAGUACCUAUGUUUUUGCUGUGAAAAUGGUUUCCUGCAAGCCAGAAGAUGUUUAGCCAUAGCUGUUCCCCUUCCUUCCUUCCUUCCUUCCUUCCUUCCUUCCUUCCUUCCUUCCUUCCUUCCUUCCUUCCUUCCUUCCUUCCUUCCUUCCUUCCUUCCUUCCGAAGGACCCGUCUCCUGAACAGUGUUGCAGUUCCUCUGUGGGCUUCUAAUCUUCCCAUUCCAUUUUGGAGAGGGAAAAGUAACACAAAGAGCUUCUGUUCUUCUCUGUUAGCUUGCGUGCAUAUGUGUUUGUGCAUUUCUAGUACAUAUAUGUGUGUGUGUAUAUUUAACAUUGUCUGUUGAACCUAAGCAGAACAUUUGGCCAUUCUUGGCAACUUCUUUGCAGGAGAUUUGCUGGACUUCAGAGGAAGGGAGGGCAGGUCUGCAAUUAUUGUUCAUUUCUAGUUGCUAUUUCUACAGUCGCUUCAAACAUUUAAGUGGGCUUCCUUUUGCAAAUCCCAGGGAAAUUUAGUUGAGGAAAUGGAAGUGGCUGACUUCCAAAUUGUAUAGACCAAGGAGGAAAUACACUUUGCAGAAAUAUUAUCGUAGGUAAAUUUAGUUGAGGAGGAAGAUGAUGAUGUUGAGGGGUGGAGGAGGCAAAUUAGGCUCCCUUUGCACUUCCACAAGCUUUCUCAAUAAAAUACUUGUUGUUUCUUGUGGUUCUGAGAACAGCAAGGCCAUCUUGGUGAGGGGGUGUAGACUGGGUGAUCUUAUUGGUGAAAACACAAGGAAACGCCUGCCCUGGCCACCUGGUCCAUUCUUGGCCACCUUUUCGCUCUCUCAUUCUCCCCACCCCGCUUUACAGAAAAGGGAGCAUUUAGACACCAAGAUUUCUGGAUUUUUGAAACUAACUCCUCUUUUAAAAUGCUUUCUCUGGGCUUUUUCUCUGGGCUAUAGGUGGGCAAACUAGAAUUUUGGAUCAUCAGUUGGAUGUCCAAAAGAUACAGUACGUGUGUGAGAGUGUAUGUGUGCAAAUGUGCAUUUUAAUUGUGCUGGGCUAUCACAUUUUGGAUAUUGCUCUAGUGAUCCUUCUUUCUUAAAAGCACAAUCCUGAGUGAGUGACCUUGUUCCUUUUGAACAAGAAAACUAAGCCAGAUCUCUUUCAUAAACGCCUGGGUAGGCACCCCCUGGUCGAUGGGGAUGGGGGCAUUUCAGGCUGGGUGUGAUGAUGCCCCAGUCGAGACCAGCAGUGACUCUUCGGUGACCCCCCCCCCUUCCCAAGCUGUAGGGCAGCAGCUGAACUGUUUAAUGUAAAGAGCCACCAGCGGAGUUCCUAGCAGGGGAGCAGCCCAGCUUUUUCCCCCCAGCCUUCACUUGGAGUGCCUGGCCUAUUCAGAGAACGUUCAGUGCAGUUGAGAAUCUCCCAGGGAGGCUGUGUUGGGCAACGCAGCUCAGGCCCCUGGGGGUGACUCUUGUAGGACUGUGGGAAGCACUUCUUCUUCCAUUGCAAAAGCCAGCCCAGGAAUUGUGCCUGGUCCUUGCUGCCGUUGAAGCCAGAGAGCGGAUUAUGACUCUUGGAGAGCAGGACCCACCCGUGUGCGCAUGUGGGGGAAACAGUUACAAAUGCAAGGGAGACAUUAUUUAUAUGUGUUUAUGAAUUCUGUGUGUCCUGAGGUCUGUGUGCAUGAAUUCCUAUGCAAACAGAGAUGUAUUUUUUGUCGCCGUCUCAAAAUGUAUCUUGUAAACAUUUUAGCAGGAAAUUGUCUUGUAUAUAGCUACAGAUUAUACAGAUAACUAGCUCAUGCAUAUAUAUGUGUGAGCAAGUGUGUAUACACGUGCAUACGCACACACAUGCAUGCAUGCAUAAAAAGAUGUCUGGAUUAAGCAGGGCAGGGCAAGAGCUUUGGGUGAUCUUGAGGACUUCCCUCCCUCCAGUGUGUGUUGAGGGGACAUUUUUCUCUUUCGCUUUGGUGUCUGCAAAAGGAAGGGAGUUGAGGAAAGCUUUAUCAGCUCAUAACAUUACUGUUUAUUUAUAACCGAAGUGAUGUGCUGCUUCCCAUAAAAUAUUGGGGAACAAUUUAUAAGUUACCUGUGGCCAGAGCAUCUGUGUCAUCAGGAGGUAGAGUCCAUGUUUGAAGCAGCCUUUUCACCCCGAGAUAAGCAACCUUCUGCCGGGUCGGUCCUGAAAGGCUUAUUCCGUGGGCAAUGAUAGUUUCACUCCCAGGGAGAGGGAUGGGCACCCGCCUCAGGUGUCCAGUAAUUCUUCUGGGCUGGGAGGGGGGGCUGCGUGCUUGAGUUGCAGGGUGGGGGGGAGGCAAACCCCUCUUUCAGACAGGGAUUGUCCUGGCUCAGCCUGGUGAUCACUGACCCCUUUUUGCUGCAUUUGUCUUAAAAUAAAACUAAUCCAGACUUUUCUGCCUCCCCUCCCCAGAAGGGGAUUUGUGUACUAAUAAUAGUUUUCUGUGGGGUAAAAAUCCAGGCACCCUUUGAAAAGUUCCUAGCCUUCUCUGCUUUGAAACUUGCUUCUCCAGCCCCCAGUGAUGCCAGGAGGUUUUCAGAGAAAGCUGUGUAGCAACUGCUGCCCAACACACAAAUCUGCUGCUGCUUGUAUGUGUGUGUUUUGUGUGUGUGUGUGUGUGUGUGUGUGUGUGUUGGGCUUAUUUCAUCCCUUCAGGAAGUGCCUCCUGGCAUCGUAGUUUCUCUGGUUCGUGUUUUGUCGGGUUUUAAAAACAAAUGCUGAUUUAUUAUUUUUUAAAAAUGUUUGAAUUUUACCCUUGUUCCGUUGUUGUCAUUGACUCAAUCAUGCUUUGGAAUUUUGUUAAUUCUGACUGUAAUUUGUGUCUGUGGGGCCAGAAAGAAAAACAAAGAGAAAGUUAUAUAUUGCCUAUGGUUCUAUGUAUUUUCAAAUGCACAGUAAAAGAGGAAAACGCAUA